AUGGCAUCAGGAAAUCCCGACAAGCUCUUGCCCAAGUUUCGAAUCAAUGACUCUUCAGUCAGGCCAGAUCGACAGCAGUGCGUGCUCAAGUGUACAAGAGCUGCAGUUGAGUACCAGAGAAAGAAGAGAGACCCCACCCCUAGUGCUGCUGAUAGCAUUCUUUGGGAUGAGAGAACGGCACUAGUAGGAGCAAGGCGCCGAGCGAAUGCACGAGGUGUGCCAAAUCCAACCGAGCAACAAUAUCUUGGGCAGUUGGUCAUUACCUUUGGAAAAUACACCCACUGCACAUUCCAGUGGCUGUUGGAGAAUGAUGUAGGCUAUGUUAAAUACUUGGUGGACAAACAUAUUAAGGAGACACACAAUCGGGCCAGAGAAGUACCGAUUCGGGAUGGAUGGGUGAAAGAUCUUCUUUGGAGAUAUGCCGAAUCCUUCCGCCAGGUGUCAACGCAUUUGGAAAAAAACAUAGACGAGUGCGUGUAUCCAGUGCCAGCAUUUCGCAGCCGCACAUUCUCUGAGAUGUGGGACAUGUACAAUAUGUACAGAACCGUCUACCAAAACGACCCACAAGCUGCCUCCCAAGACACUGUACAACUUUGUAAAAAGGCGUACUGCUCGGUGAGAUACUGGCUGGAGAUAUCGGUGAAAGCAAUUUCAAGUCAGCAACUGAAGCGGUUUCGCCAGUACAUAUCUGAUAAGGAUGCCAAGGUCACAACUGCAACUCCAAAUACCAAAGAUGAAUGCAGUACAUCAUCCAUCCCCUUAAAGAAGCGGAAGAUGGCUUCUGAAUCGGAAAGCAGCCCAUCCCCAGUGGCAUCCACAUCCCGUGCUCCCCAGAUGGCAUCCAGCCCCCGCCCAUCCCCAGUGGCAUCCACAUCUCGCGCUCUCCCGAUGGCAUCCAGCCCCCGCCCAUCCCCAGUGGCAUCCACAUCUCGCGCUCUCCCGAUGGCAUCCAGCCCCCGCCCAUCAGCAGUGGCAUCCACAUCUCGUGCUCCCCCGAUGGCAUCCAGCCCCCGCCCAUCAACAGUGGCAUCCACAUCUCGCGCUCUCCCGAUGGCAUCCAGCCCCCGCCCAUCAACAGUGGCAUCCACAUCUCGUGCUCCCCCGAUGGCAUCCAGCCACCGCUCAUCCCCAGUAGCAUCACCCGAGGUACAAGAAAUUCAAGUUCAAGCAUCAGAGAUCUCCUAUGAAGGCUGGUGCAAAUCAUGGGAGAUUGAUGGUUCGGGAGGUAUCCCAGCUACUGAUCGUAAGUGGCUGAAGUGUGAUUCGGAGCGGGGGAUGUUUGGGCCCAUUCAGGUCUACAAAGAUGUUAAGGGGGAGUACAGGCGACGCCACGUCCUGAAGAGCGACAGAAUGUGGUUCCAUCCCCCAGAAUGCCCGGGACUUGCACAGGGUUCCAUACCUGCACCAGAGCAUUUUUUCCACGCACGGGUUUUUUUCUGGCGCCCCCUUGGUGUCUGGCAGUACAGUAUCCGGUGUCCACGUCUUAACUGUCCUGGCCGCGAAGACAGCAACAUCUUCCUCUAUCGGUCUGGAUAUCACUCAAAGGUCAGGCAAAUCUGCGACAUUUCUGGGUGGUAUUCCAUGUUGACCGAAGUCCUCAGCUGUGGGCCAUGCAACAAGGCAGCAAGCAAAAGUGGAGAUAAAAGGGUAAAAUGGGGGAGAUUCUUGGCAUGGGACAUGGACAUCAUCAAGCAGUUGAGUGAAGCUCAUCAGGCAUUUUUUCCAGCAGUUCUAACAGCUCGACGUGGUGUAGAUAAAAAUGUAGUUCAGCUCCUCCGAGACCGAACAGAAGGGAACACGAUGUCCAAAGUUUGGAGGCAAAUACAGGAGAACCACUGUGAGGACUACCUAAACAGGAAGGAUAUGUACACCACCCUUCUCUACACCCUGGCCAAACCUGGAGGGAUAGUCUCUGCUUUGGGUCACCAGUUCAAACGACCACCCGAGAGACAUGAGCUUCCUUCACCUCGCCUACUGCGACAUGCAUUUCUGCUCGAAGAGGCUAACCACGUGCAAGACUAUCGCACUCAGGUUCUGUCCAUCUUCGGCAGAGUUUUGAAGUUUGACUCUACAAAAAAGUAUGCCUGUUUUCUUCUUUUUCGUCAGAUCUGCAAAAAGUUGUCUGGAGCAAGUCGUGGCACAGCUGAAUGGUUCACCAGUGUUGGCAAUGAAAAGAACCAGAUUGUCACCUUUGUGCUGACAUGCGAGGAGUCAACAGACAAGCUGACACCUAUGGCAGAGGGACUCAUGACCAGGUAUGAGAAAGCUGGCCAACCACCUCCAGAAGUCAUGUACGUUGACCGUGGUUGCUGUAGGGGUCAUGGUGCAACAGCUGUGGAGACGCUCUUCCAUACUUGGGUAGAUUCCGGGAUGGUUAUCCGGCUUGAUGCUUGGCACUGGAUGCAUCGGUUUCAUUGUGCUGUUCGCACGGACAGUCACCCUAAGUAUGCUCUCUUCAAGUCUGCCCUGUCAGGUGCAGUGUUUGCAUACAACCGUCAAGACCUUGACCUGCUCAUCCAGGCAGUUCGUGAUGGCUCCCCAGCAAAGUACAGUUCCCUGUCAGAUGAAGAAGUAGUGCACUUCCACAUUACGCAUGACGUCAUGAAGCACUACGUGAGAAGGAUCACUCUUGGUGUUCAAGAAGGUUUCAGGCGUGUCAGCGACACUAUUGAGGCAUUGAAGGGAGAUGCUGGCCUGGAUGAGAAUGGCAUCUCACUGUUCAAAUCUCCUGAGGCCAUAGAUGAGGUGUGGGCUGCCCAGCAGAAACAUCUUGAAUGUUUACAAGAUCCGCCUGAGAUGAGUAUGUACAGUGUGGCAAAACUCGCCGUCAAGAAUGGUGUUCAGCUACCAUACUAUGCCUGUGUACGUGGUAACAACAGCCUUGAGGGAUUUCACGUUCAUCUGCCUAAAAUGAUACCAGGUCCUCACUGUGACCCAAGACCAUUUCAGGUCUAUCUCCUGAGUGGCAUCGCUCGAUGGAAUGCUGACCGUGAGGCCAGUGCAGUAUUCGGCAGAAAGGGGCGCAAGCACAGGAUCUACUCUGGCCCACUGAUCAAUCGUCUGAACACCCGAUGCAGAGCGCUCUUCGGUGAAGAAGAGAUUGAGGAAGAAAACUUCAGGAUACCGGCAGAAUCAAAUGAUGAACUUCUUGGGCUUGAGUACCUGUUUAUGCAGAGCACAGGCAGCACAGAUGAGAUGCACAUCACCUCCUCUACAGCUCUGCGAGACGAGGGCCCCACUGAGGAAGAAGAGGUGAUGACCAACGAGGAGAGUGACGAGGGUCUCGAUGAUGGUUACAACAGUGAGGCUGACCUUACUCAAGGUACUGCUGUCACCCCUGUCCACAUGGUAGUGACAACUAAUGAGACGGCUGAAGCUCUGGAUCCUGCCUGUGAAGAUGUUUGUGGCAUGAAUCCACUCCCGGGGUUUGCAAAAGUGGAAAAACUCAGUCAGCUACUGACAAACAUCGCCACCGAUGAGGGCAAGCUUGCCCUGUCUGCUGAGACAAGACGCUUGGUGAUCGAGGCAUGGAAUCAGCUGGACGAACAUGACAAGAGUCCCCAGAAGUUCCAGUCCCGCUAUAAGACUCAUUGGGGGAACACAUUGUAUGGUCGGACAAAAGGGGAUCCAGAGGAUGCAGCCAUAACACAGCGGGUCAAAUUUCGAAAUCGUUACACCCCAGCACAGGUAAUUGAUGUAAAACGAAAUAGGCUUAUGUACUGCGUUGUGAAGCACAUUUGGCUGCGUGCCGGUGGCGUCGCAUCGCCUGAGAAGUGUAAGAUCACUAAGCUGUACGAACGCAUGCAGCAAAGGGUUAUGGUAGAAGAUCCCAUCUUAAGCAAGCUGGGUAUCCCCCUCCCCAAAGUUAACACAAAAUGUGUCCGGGAGUUCCUUCGCCGACAAGAGGCACUUGCCAGCACAAACGCAACAAGCCAUGGGAACACCAUAAUCCGGCGUUGGCAAAGUGUAUCUGGUGCAAAACUACCCGAUGCUCCAGAGAUGCCCCAGAAGAGAGGUCAAACCGACUGGCCAGAGACGACAUACGCAGACAUACCCAGCAUGGCUGGAACGAAGGUGGUGAAAGCGAGACAUGAUGUUGUAGAAAUUUUGUCUACUCCCUUACCCUCUCUGGGCAUUUCCAGCAGUCCCGUUUCUGGCGCCGCAGGGUCUCACUUCAUGACUGGCUCUUUGCCGCCACAGUUUUCCUCCCAUGGUCCCUCUCCUGUUGCCCCAAGAGCACUAUUCACUACAACAGGCACUUCCCCUCCAAGAGUUGUCACCUCAGCUGGUCCCUCAUCUGGUGCUGCAGGGUCUGACCUCUCGCUAGGUGCCAGACCAUUGUCGUCGGUUUAUACUGGACGCUCUCCUGGUGCCUCAAGAGCACAGUUCAAUUUGGCAGGAACCUUGACUCGUCCCGCAACUUGUUCUUCGCCAUUUGUCUCCUCGGCUGGUCGGCACUCUGGUGUCUUAGUGUCUGACUCCUCGACUACUUCUUCAAAGUUGUCGUUGCCAUCCGUUGCUGCUGGACCUUCUUCUGGUUUGUCAACUGACCCCUCAACCAGUUCCUCCCAAGUUGUUGCCUCCGCUGAUUCCUCUCCUACCUGGGCACGAUCAACAACCUACUCCAGGGCUCAGAAGGAAAGGAGAUCAAACAAAUUGAUGCCUAAAAAAACAAGAAAGGAAAGUAAUCCUACUUGCAUUCUUUGUGGCAAGCCAAUGCAAGGCCACAAGAAAUACAGAAAGAAGUCAUUUUGUGAAGACACAAAGCGAUCUACCUCAGCAGGAUUCCAGAACAGAGAAUUUAUUCACUUUGAGCACUUUAAGAUUGUUGUUGAUGAAAUGUUGGGAUAAGUUCUUCGUCAUGUACUUGCGAACCAUUUUUUCACACAUCUGACCCAAAGUGACUUGUAGUUUUCGCAAGAUUACUUGGGUAUAUCCUUUUAC